AUGGAGCUCUUGAGAGAAAAGUACGUGUGGGUUUGCUUCUUGCUUCUAUCAUUUGCGGCCACGAGUUCUGUUACAACAAGGCAAACACGCACCCAUUGCAAAACCACUUGUGGAAACUUAACUCUAGAGUUUCCUUUUGGAACCUCUCCAAGAUGUGUUCCCGAUGAAAGGUUUCUCGUAAUCUGCAAGGAGAGAGAAGGAAAGGCGUUUCUUAACACCACUAAGCAAGAGGUUCUCAGCAUUUCGUCGGACGGAGAAUUGCAAGUUCUCGUGGAUAUCCUCCGUGUCUGCAAAAACAACACAGGAGGUGUAGAUGAAGGUAGAGAAACCGACCGUAUAGAGGAUGCAGGUUUUACGUUCUCCGACAAGAACCAGGUCACUUUAGUUGGUUGUAAUGUUGAUGCCAGUUGGGACUAUUUUACGGGAGUUGGAGAUUCUUCAGAUUCAUGCGUUACACACUGCAGUUCCUCGCAACCAAUACAUGAUGAUUCAUGUUCGGGUAAUGGUUGCUGCAAAUAUCCAGUCACUAGCGGCGGAGCCUACGGUCUAUGGGUAGAAACAACGGGUUUCUUUAAUCCUUGCAUCUACGCAUUUAUCGUCAAAGCAGGAUAUUUCUUCUUCUCAGGCGAGCAAGACCUUGAAAAUCUCCGAAACGUUACAAGGUUUCCGGUGAUACUUGAUUGGACCAUGGAAGGAACUUGUCAGACAAGCUCCUGUGGAUUGAACACCUACUGCACAAAUCAUACUUCUCGUAGGGGACCAUCGUAUUCCUGCAAAUGCCUAAAAGGGUUUGAAGGCAAUCCUUACUUUCCAUAUGGCUGCAACGGUAUACCCUCAUUCACGUAG